UCCACUUGAGACGCACUUCGUUCUUACUUACGUAUGAACCUGCGAGCUUUCGUCUUGGCCGCGAUCGCGGCGCUAGGCGUCGUGCAUGCUGAGGUUAACUACAUUAACCAUGAUGAAGUCGAACCGUUCGCUCAGCCCAAACCUACCACCGACUCCGAGAAGGCUGCCGUCAAAUACAAGCCGCAAUUUCAUGUCUCCUACGGUUGCCACCCGUACCCUGCCGUUCAGGCCGAUGGAUCAGUUAGCGCUGGGCUUAAAGGAAGUGGGCCUAUGGACGGGGAAUGCGAAGGCUCACCUCUGGGCUCUCAAGUAUACUCUCGUUCGGGCUGGUACGAGGACAUGUGGGCUAUCAUGUAUGCUUGGUACCUUCCGAAAGGUCGGAGCACCAAAUAUCAGCGCCGCCAUUAUUGGGAAGUUGCAGUCGUUUGGAUUGAUGAUCCUGCGCUUGCCAAUUCGACGAUUCUGGGCGUAUCACUGAAUUAUGGUCGUCGACACAAUUCUCAAGUGCCCGUUGAAGAGCAGUACCUUCAUGGUUCGAGAGUGAAGCUCGAAUCUUUUAAGGGAUUCGGUGUGCCCAGACCGAGAUUACGGUUCACGGAUCUCGAAGGUGAAACUCAGGAUCUCAUCACAUGGGAACAACUCACUGAGGAAGCGCGCGAUGCUUUGAGCAAUGCCAAGUUUCAGCGCGGACUCAUUAAAAGGUUGAGGGGGGACAUGCCUUUGAAAGACGGAGUUUUCGAGAAGAGACUCGAGGAUGCUUACCCGUUUGAAUAAUGUCAGCAUAGGGUUUCACACGGCUCUGUCGUGUGGUGAGGUGGUAUUCGCCGGAACCUCACUUUUAUUCGCCGGAAGUAAUCUUAAAAUGAAACAUACUUCACACAACAAA